CUGUGUGCCGACAGUUAGGGCUGAGCCGUAGACAAAUAAGCAACAAUUGCCGUCACAUAUUUUCCCCUGCAGCAGGAACAUUUGUUCUAAUUGCAGGAUAUAGGCACCUUAAAAAAAGCUAGAGCUUACAGGCAUGGUUUCUCAGUCUGCCUCCGUCGUUGAACGGGACGCCGGCGAAUAACACUUGGAGUCAAUUGCUGGGUAAAUGACUUGAGGCACUCUCGUCGAAGUCAGCGGACAGAGAAAGCGGUUUUAUGGGAAAUGAAUGUGACCGGGAAACAGCAACCUGAGCUGAUCGAGCGACCCGCCAGCCUUUUGGUUCCAACUUCGACACAAUCUGGAAUUGCUUUGCUGUACAAUGAGGAGACCCACAAUACCUAUGAUGUCUGCCUGAAAUUGACCAAAGAGGUAUUAACCAUACAGAAGCUGGAUGUGGUUUGCACAAGUGGAAGUGAAUCCCAAGUAAAUCACAGAACUGUUGUACUGCGAAGACAGGCGACUGGCGGUCUGGGCUUAAGCAUCAAAGGAGGUGCGGAGCACAACGUGCCUGUGGUUAUUUCAAAGAUUUUUAAAGAUCAAGUAGCCGAUCAGACGGAGAAGCUGUUCGUCGGGGACGCUGUGUUGCAGGUCAAUGGCAUAAAUGUAGAGCCUUGUACUCAUGAGGAAGUUGUUCACCUCUUGCGCACUGCAGGAGAUGAGGUCACCAUCACUGUUCGCUACCUGCGAGAGGUUCCAUCAUUUCUAAAACUGCCUCUAGGUUCUCCUGGGCCGUCCACAGAUCACAGCCGAGUAUCCUCUCCACUCUUUGACAGUGGAUUCCAUUUAAAUGGAAACGGAAACAACACAGCUCCAUCACCCCCUUCGCCCUCAGCUAAUGAACCAAAGUACGAGAAGCGCUGGCUGGAUGCCGUCUCCCUGCCCUUGUUGAUGGCCAGAGUCUCCAGAUACAAAACUGGCACAGAUAAAUUAAGGUCCAACUGUUUUGAAGUCUUUGCCUUGGAUGGAGCGAGCACCAGUAUCCUUCAAUUCUGCACUGCAGCAGAAAGCACCGACUGGCUCCAAGCAAUAUCUACAAAUAUCAAUGACUUGACACAGGAGAAUAUAAAGAUCAUCAACAAAUACUGCUCUUCAGAUGACCAGAUUGUUCACAUGGGCUGGGCAUGUGAAAGCCCCGAGGGUAGCGCCGCUGGUAAAGCUUCAACAUUCAAGUUCCUGGCACUGAGAGGACCAUAUUUUUAUAUCUUCAGAAGCCCCCCGAUCAGUGCCGCUGACUGGGGACAAGCUGAAACAACAUAUAACCUCUAUGAGGUUCUUUUCAAGGUCCACAAGCUGUGGAUGGCAGAGGACUGCUGGCUCCAGGCGAGGCUCUACUUGGGACUCGAGCAUUCGCCUGAGCAGCAGGACAACGAGUCUCUGUGCUUCAGUAUUCUGGUUGGCCACGGACAGAGCCACACCUUCAGGGUGGAGCUGGCCACGGACCUGGUUCUCCGGGAGAAGUCCUUCCAAAGAGCUGUCUUCUUGGAGGUUCAGCGAAUACGAUCCAAAAGCUACAUGUGCAGCAGCCAGGGGAAUGUGCUGAGCUUCACCAUAGAUUUUGGAUCAGGCUUCACCUGCUCAGAAGGCACUUCAAAGACGGCAUUGUGGCGAUAUAAGUUCUCUCAACUUAAAGGCUCCUCUGAUGAUGGGAAGACCAGGGUAAAACUGCUUUUCAAGAAUGCUGAAAGCAACCAAAUAGAGAUGAAGGAACUAGAGUUUGCUAAUCUCACAGCCGUCCUUCACUGUAUACAUUCUUUUAUCGCAGCCAAAGUGGCCUCCAUGGACCCUCUCUUCAUGUGCAGUCAAAGCUUCUCUGGAAACUACAUAAACAGUUAAGAAGACUUGUCCUCAUGGUCAUGUUCCCCUUUGGCAAACCAGAAGUAUUUUAUGCACAGAGCCAGUUGAUAUGUAUAUCUUGUUCUUGCUAUUUUUGUAUGAACUACUGAAAAAAACACAUUUGUAAAAGACUGUAUAGGUAGAUAACGUAGGAAUUAAUGGCGGAAGGAAGAUGUUAUUACAUUUUUGAAUUAUAUUUUCUCUCAUUACAUAAUGAUGAACAAGUUUACUUCUCGACCACAUGGUGUGUAACUGCCAUACACUUGACAACAGGACACAAACUGCCAAACAUAGCAACUGCCAUGUUUUUAGCAGAAGAUCUCAGCUGAUAGUGUGAAGAAGAAUACAUCUAGUGAGAGUGCAUUUUAACAGACAAAAUGAAUCUGAUGCUGGCUUCCUGUCUUGGGGGAAUUCACAUUUGCUCCAGACCUUUGACGGGGAUUUACUUUCCUUGAAAUUCGCAGUUGAACAGCGAUGAUAAGCUAACAUGUCUCUGUCCCCUGUACCUCUGCUUUCCUUCUGUCAUGUCUGUGAACACAAACACUUUACAGUAUAAUGCAGUCUAAUGAAUCAGCACCUCUCUGAUAUGGUCCCAACUAAAGGUAAACAUAAGGCAGCAUUUAUCUGCAGGGCCACGUUAUUGGCCUAGAUUAAAUUGUAUAAUGUUUGUGCUGUUGUGACAAUAUGUUUUAUCUAAUAAAGGCAAAUGCCUGAGUUUCCAUUCUCUCUGGCCUAUGAGGACAUUUCACUGAAAUGUGACAAGUAUUGUUAAAGACUCACUUUUGAUCAGCUCCCACUCUAAUACAGUGAACUUACUGUAUGUCUUUAGUUGCGUUGUGUAAUGGUUUUAUUGUGAAAAGCAUAUUUGCUGUGUUUUAAAUAAAUUGCACAUA